UUCUAAUUCUUAUAACUUAUAUGAUGAGACAUCAUUACCAUUGCCAUUGCCAGAACCAAAUUUUCUAGAAUCAAUAAGUCAUUACGCUGGCUUUUAUUAUUCAAAAAAUAAUGAAAUACCAGGAAUCUAUGAACAAAUGGACGAGUCAGCUUUGUUGACAAUAGGUAUAUUGUUACAAGAAUAUACUAAAAAAUUGAUUAUGGAUAAAAAGAUAUUGAUAGAUAAGAAAAAGAGAAUAAAUAACAAAAUUUGA